UCUCUUCCAUUGUAGCCCCCCAACCUCAUCCCCAUUGCUUGCUAGCCAGCAAGCUACCUGAUCUCGUGGCGGCAAUGGCGAGGAACUGCAGAGCUCCCGCCGCAGCGUUCAUGGCGCCGCUGCUGGUGGCGGCGGCGGUGGUGGUGUCGUUCUUGGGCGGCGGGGCGGAGGCCAGGAAGUCGAGCAACAUCACGGUGGUCGGCUCCGUCUACUGCGACGCCUGCUCCAACAACACCUUCUCCAAGCACAGCUUCUUCCUCAAAGGGGCUCGGGUGCUGAUCCAGUGCAACUUCAAGGUGAACUCCAGCGCGGCGCCGGAGGAGAUCUCGCUGGAGGCGGAGCGCACCACGGACCAGCACGGCGUGUACAAGUUGGACGUGCCCCCCGUGGACGGCUUCGAGUGCCGGGAGGGCCACGAGCUCCGGUCGGCGUGCCGCGCCACGCUCGUCCGGAGCUCAUCGGCCGCCUGCAACGUCCCGGGCCUCCGCGGCUCCACGCAGCACAUCGCGCUCCGGGGCCCCCGCGGCGCCGCCGCCUGCUUCCUCAACCUCAACGCGCUCAACUUCCGCCCCGCCAAGCGGGACCGUAAGCUCUGCCACGGCGGCGGCAGCAAUGCGUUCGGGUCGUCGCUCUUCUUCUGGCCGUUCCUGCCGCUCUUCUGGCCGCCGCCGCUCGGGCUCCCGUCGCCCGCCGCGCCGGGAGCCGCCGGAGGGACGGUGUCGUUCCCGUGGCCGUUCCACGUGCCGGAGUGGCUGGUGCCGUUCCUGCGCCCGCCCUUCCUGCCUUUCCCGCUCUACCAGCCGGCGCCGGUGUCAUCAACGGCGCCGCCCCCGUUCGAACGUUUCCCGCCACCACAACGAACGGCUGCUCGGCCGUAAACCCGCCGGCCGGUUCCAGAACCUCAGGACAAGCGUGACAAGACACGGGAUUUCAGCCUUCUUGGGAAGAUCAAUGUUAGAUUUUUCAUUUCUUGCUUGACUGCUUGUCAUGCAUGCUAGGUGUUCGUUGCCAUUGUCCAUUGGCAUGCUGUUCGUUGACCUGAUGAAUGAAUUCAUGUGGUACUAAUUCGUAGUCAUGGUCACUAUUAGCCUUCUCGAUUUUCUUUUCAGUUGCCCAAUUUGCAUGUGGCACGAUGGGAUACGUGCACACAUGUCUGUAACCGAUUGCUGGAGAUAGAGCUGAUCAGAAUCGCUGCUUUGUCGCUUC